UUAAACCUCCAAAGCUGUCUCGAAUCGUCUGCUUCCCAAACCCUCGUCUUCCCUUCUUAUCCACUCCACUCAUCGCACUCUCCGCAGCGACGCCUUCGAUUCCCUUCUCCCAUGUCGGUGACCAUCCCCUCCGGUGGCUUCUCGGCUUCCUCCUUCGCGACUACGGACCGUCGCCUGUGCCGCUGGCCUGCUGUCUCCGUCUCCUUCGUUUCCAGCCGGCCGGCCGCGCCGGGGCCAUUCGUUCGAGCAGCUUCCUCCUCCAAGCCUGGCGCCGCAGCGGGAGUGAAGCCCGCAAAGGGCAUCACGAAGCCCCGUCCUGUCUCUCCUGCCAUGCAGGCGCUUGUCGGCGUGCCGGAAAUCCCCCGCACCCAAGCCCUCAAGCUCAUUUGGGCUUACAUCAAGGAGCACAACCUUCAGGAUCCAAAUGACAAGAAGGUAAUCAUAUGCGAUGAGAAACUAAAAGCUAUUUUCGGUGGGAAAGAUCGAGUUGGGUUUCUGGAAAUAGCAGGGUUGAUUACCCCUCACUUUGCAAAGUGAAAAAGUACUGUGACAUUAGCUAGUUUUUGGUAUAUGGAUGGCUAUAAGUUCUUGUCAUAACUUAUCCAUGGACCAACAAGUUAUUUGUUCUGUUUUUUUUUUUUGGUCUUAUUUUCCUAUGCUAAUGACUAAAAUACAGUUCUAUCUUAUCGACUUAGUUGUAUGGCUAAUCCUGAUCCUCUAUCUUAUCUACCUUUAAAUUCUCGUGUC